AUGCAGGACCGAUCGAGCAUAACUGGUACUAGCGGUGCUAGCAAGCAUCGACGCCCCCGCCGAAGUUCGACGACGGACAUUGCCAAAGAGCCCGAGACUGUGGUUGCCUCGUUGCUGCAAUCGGUGGAGAUGGACAAGUUGCGCCAUCGCAAGAGCUCCAUCAUCAACGAUAUCGUGUCUGUUUCGACUACUACUAGUAGACGAUCGAAUCGACGAAGUAGUACCAACGAAACAUCUGUAAUAAUGAGCAAUAGCAGCAAUACCCAUGCGGUUCGACGCCAUCGCAGUCACGACAAUCGUGAGUUGUUUGCCACUCCCAAACGCAGGUCGUCGGCCAACAAGUCGUUGCUGCGGACCGCGUCGGCUGAUACAGACGGCCAACAACAGCAACAACGAUCGUCACGAGAUGGACGACGACGACGACGAAACUCGGAUGCCGUAGUGCCAGUGCUGCAAAAGAUGGGGUCACUUCAGUCCGUCAGUACUAGUACGGCAGAGGUGGAAGAACCAACAGCAGCAGCAACUGUGAAACGAGCCACUUCUCGGGGACGACCCAGUUACAAACGAUCCACGUCCGAAUCACAGCGUCGUAGUAGUCGCAGCAGUCGCAAGGUCGACAGCAGCAACAACAAUAGCAACAACAAUCAUCAUCCUUCCAUCAAAAAGACGACUUCCAAGAGACGUCUUCUCAUGGACGACUUGGAUGCCUCUCAAACGAGAAUCUCCAAACACAGUACGUCCAGGAGAGGCUCGCAACGAUCGCGUCAACGAUCCUCGUCGCAGAGUAAUCAUGCCAAAAAUCACAACAGCAAGUCUAGUACUCCCAGUAGCAAAAAGUUGCCGAAAAAUCCCAGUCGAGGUGUGAAAAAAAGAGACAGCAGUCGAAAAGAUCACAGCAAGAGCACUCACAGCAGCCAUCAUCACAACAGUCAUCAUCACAAUCACAAUCACAAGGACAGUCACAGCAGUGCCAACUUGAGCAAUAACAGCAGCAGCAGCAAUGGCAUCCAGUACAGUCAGACACUCAGCAGAGUACGAUCACGAGAAAUUGUUUCCCUUACGACUGUGACAACGACUCCUGUGGUUCUUCCAUCACCCAAUAAUAAGGCAUUUUGGCAGGCAUCCCCGCCCAAACUGCAAUUGCCACCGGGAACAGCGCGGCAACUCCAAUUGAAGGCCGCCCUCAAUAAGGUGGUGCAAGAAUAUGGAACGCAAAAACGGCAACAACGAGAACAACAAGAACUACAAUCCGUCAAUGGCAGUACAACAUCCUCCACACGAGACAACAACAACAAUAAUAAGAAUGAGGCUUCGCCCGUGGCUGUCGUGGAUCUGUGCAAUCACGUCCAUGACAAGACGGCAGAAUAUCUGCAACAGCAACAGCUUGCCGACUCAUCGUCACCAUUGCCAUUGGAACAACAACAAUUGGCGAGUUCUCUGCCGCAACUAUUGGAUACAACUACUACCAACAACAGCUAUCUACCCAGGCAUCAUACGGAUAUUGUUGUACAGCCUCGAGCUUCCGAGAAUGACAAUGACAACCACCACAAUAUUCCAUUGGAGGAGGACAACGAAGACGACGACAAGAACGAAGCAAAGGGUCGCUCCAAAAAUGUUCCUCCUCGUUCCAAGUCCCUGCCGCCGGCGAAAAAGGAUAGUAGCAACUCCAAUGCCCACCACCACCAAGACGAGCAUCCUACUAGUGCGCGCGAUGCCACGUUGAUGCGAAGCAAAUCCUGUCGAAACUGUGAGAGAGAGGAUCAUCAUUGCCACGAACACAACGAGACAACAGAAGAAGAUGGAGAAGAUGCCGGGGAACAGCUCAUUCAAGCCGCCACGGCCAUGUCCGAUGUCAUUAAUAUGCUACUCAACCUGACACAAAAGGCAGACGACAACAACAACGAACAAGAAGAAGACGAACAGAGUACUGCCGACACGACCGCCAAUACCACCAUGACAGAGGAAGACACGGUAAUCUCCAAGAGUAUUCCCAAACGACUACGAUCCAAAUCAUUGACGCAAAAACCCAAUAAACCACGUCCGUCGCCCUACCCGGGGUACAAUCGACAACAGACGGAACCACGAGGACGAAACCGCACGCGACAAGAAGAGGAACAAGAAGAACCACCACGGCCACGACGGGGUGUCCCCCGGAGAACACGGUCCAAAUCGUUGAAUGCGCAACCAUCGCAACCGCCACAACCACGAGACUCGAACAAUAGCAGGAGCAAUAGAAGCAAGGAUGAUGAUGAUGAUGACUGUCCAAUCGUUGCUCCCAAUAUCCUGAUUGAAUCCAUGGAAGGAGGGCGAUCGCGGUGGGAUGCCGAGUAA